AUGGAAAUAAGUUCGAAAACGGUUGAAGGCACCUGCCAGCAGAUGUGUUCAAGACAGGAGAUGAUAAUGAGAGAGAACGAGGGACUGCUGCAUCUCCUGGAGGUGUUGACAAUUGGUGAUGAUAAUCUGAACAGAAACACAAAGGCGGAUCCUUCUAGAAUUGUGAAACAGUUUUCGAGACCAGCUGCAGGUCGUGCAGAAACAGAUCCAUCAGAUCUUCGGCCUGCCCCGGUUCUCAAAGAAACCGUGACCUACUUGUUUGAAAGCGUUGUCCCGAGGGAUCAUCCGGCAUGGUCCAGUGUUUAUGAGUUUGUGUUUGACCGCUUGAGGGCAGUGAGGCAGGACAUGGUCAUUCAGGACAUCACAGGAACUGAUGCUAUCUGUCUUCUUGAGCAGAUUGUCCGAUUUCACGUUUAUGCCUCAUACAGGCUGCGAGGCUGCGACCUGGCAGUGUUCGACCCAGUCAUUAACAAGCAACACCUGCUGGAGUGUUUAAAGAGAUUGCUGUACUUAUACCAGGUAACGCCUGGUUGUCAUAAUAAUCGAGCUGAGUUUGAAAGUGUGUACUUACUGAGUAACCUUGGCGACACCCAUGCUUUGACCCACUUUCUCGACCUGAAGCCUGAUAUAAG